CGUCGGCGUCACAUGAGGAGGACGGUGGAGCCGGGAGGAAGGGCACGCGGAGGCGGGCGCUGCCAAGCCUUUAAAAAGUCCUCGCGGGGACGGGCUGCACCUCCACGCCAUCCCCACCAUGGCCCCCACGGCCCCCACGCUGCCGCUGGCCCUGCUGCUGGCCCUGCUGGCCCCACGCCUCGGGCUGGCUUCCCCCGGCUGUGACUACCCGGCCCACCUCUGGUGCAGCUCGCGGGAGAUCGCCGUCGCUUGCCAGGCGGAGAGCCGUUGUGCCAACCUCUCUCGCCCGGCGCCCGCCCCGGUGGAGGUGACCCUGUUCUACGAGAGCCUGUGCAUGGCCUGUCGCUCCUUCUUGGUCCGGCAGCUCUUCACCGCCUGGGUGCUGCUGCCCAGCGAGGUCCUCAACAUCACCCUGGUGCCCUACGGCAACGCCCAGGAGAAGAACGUCAGCGGGAAGUGGGAAUUCCAGUGCCAGCACGGCCCGGAGGAGUGUUUGGGCAACAUGAUCGAGACCUGCCUGAUGCACGAAGCUGAGAACUUCACCACCUACUUCCCCGUCAUCUUCUGCCUGGAGUCGGGCAGCUCCGUCACCAAGAACCUGGAGGCCUGCCUGCAGAUCUACGCCCCAGAGCUGGACCGGGGGCGCAUCGCCGCCUGCGUGCAGGGGGACACGGGGAUGGAGCUGAUGCACCGCAACGCACAGCUCACGCAGGCACUGGACCCCCCGCCCGAAUACGUGCCCUGGGUCCUCAUCAACGGGAAGCACACGGACGAGCUGCAGGAACAGGCCUCGACCUCGCUGGUGGGGCUGAUCUGCCGCCUCUACCAGGUGGGAGGGGGGGGCAAACUGGGGGGAACUGGGAGGUACAGGGAUAACUGGUAG